AGUGUUUCUUUAGUAUAGGAUAUUAAACGACUCUUACGGACAACAUACAGAAAAUAACACAUUACAAUUAUGCAAGUAUGCGAUUGUGAGCAUAUGCACUUAAUGUAUUGAUGGGCAGCAAGCGAUUUCAUUUGGUCCAAUACGCCCCGCGCCGAAAUUGGAUAUAAGGGAUACAAAGUGUGGUCAAUCAGCAUGAAACACUGACGAAAAAGUGAAAGAAAAGACGAGACACAGACAAUGCCAACACUCACGAUGAUACUGUGGUUGUAAGGCAAACAUGAAAAUAUGUGUCGUGGUGACUAUAGUUGGAACUGUUUUGGUUGUCAUGUCAACCCUGGGGAUGACUGUGAUACCGCCUGCACAUCGCCGGAAGACCGUGUAUCAACACAUACAAUACUGGAAUAGACUGCGAAAGUUCGCCUCCUUGAUAAAGACGUACAACCUGUCACAUCACUUCGAAAGACCCGGCAUCACGGUGUUCGUACCCGUGUCCUCCUCCAACGAUGUCUUCCUUACCGAGGCCGCCUGGUUUGGUUACAACAACAGUGAUCGUGCAACCGUGGAAAGCAUACUUCUGUAUCACAUAGCGGAAUCGGUAACGAGUGUAGCUGAUAUGUCCUCAAGGAAAUCCGCGAUGACUCCUCUCGAAGGACAGAGGCGGUUGUUCUUCGGAAGUUACAACUACGGAGACUCGAUUGUACAUACUGUCAACGGAGCCUGGAUUCUGACCGCAGACAUUCUUGCUAGCAAUGGUAUAGUUCACCUAGUGGACAGGUUUCUGAUACCAAUACAGUCCAACAAGACGGUCGCAGAUUAUCUGGAACAUCCGGACAUACAGAGGUUUUCAUUUCAAUCAAUUAGGUUGGCAUCUAUCAUAGACUUGCAACUGAAGUCUGCAACGAACUCUUCAACGAAUCGCUUCACCGUGUUUGCUCCUAAUGAUUCCGACAUCAACAUAAUGCCGGACUUUGGCAAGGAUAUUUUGUUUAAUGAUACGGCUUUGCUGAAAUCGGUAUUUUGGGCCCACACGAUCGAGAACGAAACCGUGUAUAUCCCCAGGAUGGGAACUAUUUCCAACUACCCAGCAAAGGCGGGCAUACUGAAGUUUUACCGCGUUGGAUCCGAUGUGUACGUGUCGAACAAUAAGGUUCGAGCCCGUGUUGUGCAGCCGAACAUCCCGGUACAGAACGGGGUCAUCCACGUAAUCGACGACCUGCUUUUCUUUGUGUACAGAAACUUGCGGCAGACGAUCGAACAUCAACAAAAGAUAAGUUUUAUACAAGGCAAUCUUCACAGUCUGGACGCGGAAAUCGUGACCAAACUCACGGAUAAAACACGCAAUAUGACGCUGUUCCUGCCAACAGACGACGCCUUUGCAAAGCUGCCACAAAAUAAACAAUAUUCAAUAGACAAUAAUGGGACUCACGUUUCUCGGUUAUUCCGGGACCACCUUAUUAUGUAUGCAGAGCGGGACAUCGAUUCUUUCCAAGACGGGGAAACAUUUACGACCGCAGACGGCGCAAUAUUGACCGUGAAGAAGAUUCAAAAUGUCGUGUACGUGGAAGGCGGUGGUGUCCGUGCCAAGGUGACCACGCCGGAUAUCGGUUGCACCAACGGCGUCAUACAUCUCGUCAACAGUGUGCUCUUCCAGCGUGACUUCACCAUCUGGGACGCAAUAAUGGGCAACAACCAUCUGAGCAAUAUGAAGCAAUUGAUUAGCAAGAACCAGGACCUAAUGGCGAAGUUGAACGCUUCAAGAAAUGGACCCAUGACGGUGUUCCUGAUAAGCGACGCUGCCUUGAACAAUCUCCCUAGCGACACGUUCGAACAUUUUACGGCCAACUACAAUUUGAUACUCGAAGCGCUGCAUGGAUCGAUUGUACCCGGGGUUAUUCUGAGCUCUACCCAAAUAACGGGCGAGAUGGAGGUCCCUACGUUAGCGGGCAAAACUAUCACACUGCAUCAAACCGAGACAGGUGUGUACAUAGUCGGAAGUCGGAUUCGCGCUGAUGUAGUCAUCGAGGACAUCUGGUGUUCUAACGGCGUCUUACAUAUCACAGAUAACCUCCUGCACCUUCCGACCAGGAACAUUGUAGACGAAAUGGCGGUGCAACCCGGCCUUGGGGUCAUGGCUGGAAUUCUCGAUGUCAUUCCGUCUCUGAAACAAAUCCUUAAGGACACGAGUAAAACGUUCACCAUGUUCGUGCCCAGUGACGACGCGUUCACACUGCUACCCGCCUAUCGGGCUCAGAAGCUGCAAGACCCCAUCUUACUGCAACAUAUCGUUCGCUCACAUAUUAUUUUCGGCUCUUCAUUAUUCCUGGAGCAGUUUCGUGAUUACUCGAAAUUUUCAUCCUUGACAGGCGAUCCGCUCUUUGUUCUACGUGAACAGGAGAAAGUCUUUGCAAUCAGUGGCAAUGUCCGUGGGAGCGUCAUCAGGUCCGACAUCCGGUGCAGUAACGGGAUCAUCCACGUGUUGGACACGCUGUUACAGUUCCCCUUCUUGACCGUCGCCGAAACCAUUGAGAAAACCAACAACCUCUUGCCUUUUCACGACAUGAUAAUGAACGUGGACGACCUCUACACGUGGUCCAACUCCCACGACACGAAUCUCACUCUGCUGAUUCCCAGUGCCAAGUUUAUAGCAAGUCUCUCAAACUUCCAUAGAAGUUACAUAAGCGCGGAACCAGACAUGGAUAGAAAUUUAUUUAACAGCCACGCACUGCCAUCUAUCACGUUAAAUCAAGCGUACAUGGACGCUAUGUUUAGUGGCAGUCGAGUGUUCUACACAGAAAAUCGCUACAAUACGACUUUCACCUUUGUAAAUGUGGACCCUAGCAAUAGAACGGAAGUUACUUCGGUUGAUAUUGGCUACACGAAUCUCAGACGGUCUUUCGACCUGGUGCGUGACGGCAUCGCGUGCAGUAACGGCAUCAUCUACGUCAUCGACGGCUUCCUGAACUUCCCGCUGAAUGACGCUCACUUUGAGUUGACGCAUCAACCGGAUAUAAGUCUUGGAAGCGAUCAGCUGCUAAAACUUAUACCGAGCGACUCCGGUAUCGAUCUGACGUCAUUGAAGACCAUGUACACGGUGUUCGUGCCCUCGGACUUCUCGCUGGACCCCCAGCAUCUCAGUAGGCUGGAACUGGAGUACAUAAACACGAACCUCACUAAGGAAGCGAAGAAGGCGAUCGUUCGCCGCCAUAUCGUCCCCAACCAAAAGGUCGACUACGAUAGCAUCAUCGACGGCUCCUUCAGCGCUUACGCAAGCAGCAGGAAUAUCACAGUGAUAGCUAGAACUGACGGGUUUUAUCUCAGAUGGGAGGAUAUCAAAGCCAAGAUCGUCAAACCAAACAUUUUAGCCAUUAACGCAAUAAUACACGUGGUCGAUCGGUUCCUUAUGACGUCACCGUACCAGACCACCACACUUCCGCCCCCAACGUCGAUGACUACUCAAAAACCUGUAUCAUCCGGUCAUACUAUCCACAGCUCAGUUCACACCCAUUUUGCCUCAUUAAAUAUUCAUUUCGCGUAUUUCAUUUGUCUCGUGUGUUCACAGGUUGUCACAUAUUUGAAUGUCUGUAGAUGAUGCAGGUGAAAAACUUUAUGAUUGUUUUCGUUUUUUUCUUUGAAAUACGUUGUGUUAUAUUUUGCUGUUGAUGGCUCUUAGCCCGUCUGUAUAAACAACGCGACGGCAUUUUAGGUAAUGAUGCUGAUUAAGUAUUAUACUUUAAACUGUUCACGCGCCCUUUAUUUGAAGAAACGAUUGAUUUUUAUUUGUGUUUGCGUAAUUAUUUUUGUUUGCUUAACAAGUGUUCUUAAUGUGUUGCGAUGAAACCGUCUUCCAUUGCCUAGAAUAGUUCGGGUUUUGUUUUAAUACGCAUAUUGUUUAAAAUACAUGUUUUCAAAUACUUAAUUAUGAGUAAUGCAUGAUCAUCAUGAAUCAUUGUUUUCAAAUUCGUCAUUAUACCAUGUUUAACUGUUUAAACGACUUUAGUUAUAUAAUAUUAAUACUUUAACACGAUUUCCGGAUUUUUGGCAUUCGUGAACUUCCACACGAAACCCUCAAAUACCACUUCAUUCACCUCUGAUAUAUCAACUAUGUACCAGAGUCUCUCCCCUAUACAAUUCUCAAAUAAAAUACAAUCUAUUUUAUUUCUUAUAGCAAAUGAACAAACAAUACUUAAAUAAUGUUCAGUACAUUUUCUGUAUUUGACAAAGCAUCUGGGCAGUUUACUGUCUGCAUCAAACAUGACAAACAUCACAAUAAUAUAAUAAUUCAAGAAAUACUUAUCAAGAAAAUGUAUGUUAUCGACAUGACACACAUUUCAUUCAUACUCAUUUACAUUAUCCGCCUAUUUUGUUUUUCUUCUCGUAGUUGACCUGAAUUAAUUACGUUCGAACAUUCAUUCACACUGUACAAGUAAUUAGAUACAAAAAAACCCACAACCCUACAGUAGGCUUUACAGUUCGACUGUUUAAAGCUGAAUGACGGAAAAACGUCAAGCACAGUCGAUUUCCUCGUGCACACUUUGAGUGCGCCCAAGCUUGCAUUAUGGGAAAAUAUAAAUUUCUGAUUUGUAAACUCAAAUGCUGAAACAUAUAUAUUCUGGAAGUUGAAUACAAUGUGUAACAUUAUGCCAGUGAGUCAUGCUUUCAAACGAAAUACUCAUUCCCUUAUUUUGCUGUAUUAUGUUGAUUAACCCAAGUUGUGUUUAUCAAAGUGACGUCAUUCUAUGUUCAUGACGUCAUGUCAUUUUAAAGCGUAAUUCGAUUGGUAAUUGACAUUUUAUUUGCAUGUGGGAAAAACACGUUAAACCAAUUUUAAAUAUUGUAAUACACGUUAAAUAAGGUUAAGUUGGAUAACACAAAUACAACAAAGAACAGAACGCAGAACAGAUCAUAUUGUUCACCAGUUCAUAUAAAACGCAAGCGAAAUUCAAUUAUGACAUAUCCGCCUUAACAGGCAUUUGCGCAUUUUAUGACGUUAACUGUUUACAUGAUAUCCUAACCGUAUGACCCAAGUCAUUUAACAAAUUCAUAUGCGUAAACUGUGAUCGUUGACCGAGAUACUGACGUUAAAUAACAUUACAUUAAACACUGAUAUGUCUAUAAUUAGAGGGAAUGCGUUUGAAGUGAAUUACUGAUAAUAUUUCAUUGUUAAUAGUAUGGUCUUUAUGAAUAAAAUAGCCACUUAAAAUCUAAUACAUCAUUUUUUCGUAACCUUUACAAUCAUUAGACACUCUUUCUUGGCUAUUGUUUUCGCGGUAAACGAAAUAAGAAUCACAUAACGUUAUAAAUAAGUCAUUGUUCAAUUAUAAUGUAUGAUUAUGUACUAAAUAAAUGACCUAAACUCUUUUA